UCUCCUUCGUACAACUGUUUUGGAAUUUGCAUGCAAUAUGGAGGACCCAGAAGCUUUGGGGAAUGCCUUUUUGUUGUUUAAGAAUUGGACGAGUGGAAUAAGUCUAGAUGUAAAUCUUCGUCUCCUGGUGUACCGUUUUGGGAUGCAGAACUCAGGUGAUGAGCAAGCCUGGAAUUAUAUGUUUGAGAAAUACAGAACUGCAACAUUAGCUCAAGAAAAGGAGAAGCUACUCUACGGCCUGGCAUCAGUGAAAAACAUAACUCUGCUGAACAGAUUCCUACAUUGCAUCAAAAAUACAACUCUCAUAAGAAGUCAAGAUGUGUUCACUGUCUUGAGAUACAUCUCCUUUAAUAGCUAUGGCAAAACAAUGGCUUGGGACUGGGUACGCCUCAACUGGGAGUAUUUGGUCAAACGAUACACUCUUAACGAUAGAAACCUUGGACGCCUAAUAUCAAGAAUAUCAGGAACAUUUAACACAGAGCUCCAGCUUUGGCAGAUGGAAAAUUUCUUUGAGAGAUAUCCUGAUGCUGGCGCAGGGGAAGCCUCAAGAAAGCAAGCUUUGGAAACUACAAAGAGCAACAUCGAAUGGCUAAAACAAUACCGAGAUGAUGUAGCAACCUGGCUUGAAAAUACAGAGCAGCCAAACUUUGUAUAAUUGAGUCUCAGUCCCCAUGAAAAUUCUUAGGAUUCUUUUUUUAAAUCUUACCAACAUGGUAAUUUGCAAAAUACUACAUUUAGAUUUUGACAGAUAUGUCAACUUUGAAAUACAUUAAUUUAUUGAAAUAUAUAUUGAAACUAGCCAGCCAGUCAUUCUUAAAUGUUCCUAUAAAUGUUUCUAAUCUCCUAGAACAUUUUUUCUCAUUUCAAUUGGACAAAAUGUAAAAUUAUCAUUUGCAUAAACAUAGGAUCUCAUUACCUUUAUGAGCAUUACUGAUGUUUGUACUUAACCACAUAUUCGCCACUCUGAAAAUGAAUCUUUUAUACAAAAAUAUUUAUUAUUCCAUGUGUUCAGGAGGUCCUUCCAAAUAAAACUUCAUAGAAUCCAUUCCAAAGGGAGGGCUUUGCCUCUAUUCAGAAAAUAUAUAUAUUCUCCUAAGAAAGAAAAGCACUAACCCAAUUUUGGCGGGGGGAGGAGGUAAUCACAAAAUUUUGAGAGAGAGAGAGAGAGACAGACAGACAGACAGACAGACAGACAGACAGACAGAUUAAAGUUAUUGUUCUAAAGUGACUUUGAGAAACGCAUAGCUUUAAUAAUGACUACAUCUAUGGCAAUUGAUGGACAUGCAGUCUGGCCUUAUGUUAUAGUAUCGGUACAUUUUUUUUUAAUAUCCAGCUCUCACCUCCAUGUAUCAUAUAAUCUUAUAUGCAAACACUAAGUUCUCUCACACAUUUAGGCAAUCUUGAAAAUUUUCAGCCAUUUGAGAUUGGAUUUUAACAAUAAAAAAGGCUAUGAUACUAUUUUAUAAACAAAUAAUUUAACCUUUCUGAAAUGGGCACUUUAUAUAGUAACUGAGCACUGCUGAGAAAAACAUCUAGAAAUUAAUUACUCCAAAACCAAGGCACAUGUCUGACACCAAACAAUCAUUCAAUAGAGCAAAUUAAGACCUUGAAAUGUCUGGAUAUUGUUUUCCAUGGGACAGGCAACCAUAAAUUCCACGCCAGCUUUAAGUCCCAUUGUAUCAGCUUAAGUCCACAAAAAAGCAUCGACUUCACAAUCUUUCCACUUCUCCAAAGGAGUUCAAAUGUACCUGCAGGAACUAAUGUUUUCUCAGCUAAGAUCUGAGCCCAGCUGUGGGGCACCUACAGGUUAUUUCUUUCUCUUGAAAGAGUUCAGUUCAAACUUCUGAGAUCUAUUUUUCAAGCACCUUGCUUCUUUCCAAAUGGGGUGUUUUGCCGUGAAGCUGGCCUACUUAAAGUAGAAAACUUUCAGCUCAAACUUACUUUUUUCCCCUGCUGACUUGGCCCCUUUAAUCAUGACUCUCACUCUUCCUGGCAAUACUUACUCAAUUGCAACCCUAUGGCAUUACAUGGGCAGCUCUCACCCUGAAAGACUGUGCAUUAGCUGAUCUUAAUGGGCUAUUACAGCUGCAAUCAGAUUCAUCAGUUCUACGCAGAAAUUUUUUUUUUUUGAGCUAUUCUGUAUAUUUGUUCUGACCAGCCAGACACCUAAGCUUCAUAAUGGUUCCAAAAUUUAGAAAGGCUUAUCCUUGACUAAAUUUAAUGCCUCCCUCUAAGAGCGAUUACUAAAGGAAGAUUCAAAACAUCCCUUUGUGUCCCUGAGGUGGAUGAAUAGUUGAGGCAAUGGAACAUGUUAUUUUAUAUUGUUCCCUCUACGCAGGAAUUAUCUCCAUUCCUCACUAAACAACCUGGUUGUUCUACCACUCUUAAGCGGUUACUACCUGAUCAAUCUUAUUUUACUUCACAGACCACAGCCAAGAAUUGAUCUGUAGUUUGUGCAGGACCCUGUAGUAUCUCCUCCAAAAUUUUUAAAAAUAUUUUAGAAUGUUACGUCUUCCUCUUUUACUUUAAUUCAUUGUGAUUUUUUUUUUAUUUGUUGGUCUAUGCCUGAAUAAAUAUUAAUUGAUAAUAAAGAUUGAUUGAUAA